AUGGUGGCAACAUUUAAUUUAUUUUCGAUUGCAAAUCCGAAAUAUAUACACCACACAUUAAAUUGGUGCAUUUAUCCUGGCAAGCUAAUUAAAAGUGCAGAUGAGUCUGACAUGAAGUUCACUUCUGAUCAUAAUUUUGGCAGAAGUGGAUCUCUAUGUUCGAGAAAAGUCAGUGAUUCAUGUCAUCCCAGAAAAAUAUUCCUGACUUGCACCAAUGCUAAUUGCACUGCUAUUGUUUUGAACAAUUUAAUAUUUCUAACGCUUGAAUUGUCCCCAGUAGAGGCCAUGAACAAGGGACAAAAACCUGGAAAUGAUAAUCAUACCAUUACUAAGGUGGAAGUCAAGAUUGGUUUGAAAGCGACGUUUCGUUGUAUGAAUAUUCUGCAUCUUCCAAGUCUUUUUGAUUCAGUAGCUACCAAUAACAAAAUCGUCAAGAAGCUGCGCUACACCUCGCUACUAAUGUCUUUGCCAUCACUUGAUCUCAUAACUGGAACAUGUCUAACAGUCAGAUGGCCUUUCAGUAGCACCUUUUUACAUCCCAAGCUUGGGCUUAUCCUACCAAUUAAAAAGUCAUUUUUAACAGUUUUAAUUAUCCGUACACCUGAGAAAAUAUUAAUAUUUCCUUUUUAUUCUCAAGAAAACUUAAAUGACAUAUAUGUAGGAAAAUGGAUGAACGGAAGGUUGGACAUUAAAAUAAGUAUUACAAGCAUUAAAUCCAAACGUUUCGAUAUCGUUUAUGUAACUAAGACAUUUUACAAAGUCUAUUGUGAGACAAAAUUGUCAAUCAAAAUACGACAAAUUCGUGAAUAUCAUGGGAAUUUUGAUAGUCACGGUGACAAUCACAGCCGAUUAAAGCAAAUGCGUAGGGACGCUUUACAUUGUCGUAAAGGUGUUGCGCCUGAUUUGACGAAUUGUUUUCAUAUAUGCAGUAAACAACAUUUCGGCAAUCCUAUCCUCCGGGAACCAAGAGGCUAUUCACUCUUUUUGUUAGGUAAAACAAUGCUUGUUAAUCAAUUAUAG